AUGACACGCCAACUCAUCCCCCAACUUUCUCGCCAUGUCGACGGCCACGGCAGCGGAUCCGGGAAGUCGGUCCGCUCCAGCACUGCCUAUUCGGUGCGCGAAGCCCCGUUCGGAACACCGCGGGCCAUCCGCAUCAUCGGCAUCGGAGCCGGAGCCAGCGGCAUCAACAUGAUCCGUACUCUCCGAAACACUCUAGGUGCCUCGACCUACGAGCUUGUCAUUUACGAGAAGAACGCCGAUGUUGGAGGCACGUGGUUCGAGAACCGCUACCCUGGUUGUAAGUGCGAUGUGCCCAGCCACAACUACCAGUUCUCCUGGAGGCCGAACCCUGCCUGGUCAAGCUUUUUUGCUCCUGCAGCAGAGAUUGAGCAGUACUUGUGCCAGAUAUGCGACGAUGAGGACAUGCGGCCGUGCAUCAAGACGUCACACCAGAUUGUUGCCGCCUCUUGGUCCGAAUCGAAAGCCCUGUGGGAGGUACAGGUCAAGAAUCUUGAGACUGGUUCUGUGAUGAAGGAUCAUGCCAACUUCAUCAUCGAUGCCACGGGCAUUCUGAACAAAUGGAAAUUCCCGGACGUGGAUGGCAUCUCAGAUUACGAGGGAACACUGGUUCACACCGCGAACUGGCCCAAGGACUUUGAUUACGCAAACAAAAAAGUCGCCGUUAUUGGCAAUGGGGCGUCUGGCGUACAAAUAUUGCCAGCCAUUCGACCUCAUGUGGAAAAACUAUACCACAUCAUCCGGACACCCACCCUGAUCAUCCCACCACGAGUAACGACGAUGAAGAUGGGACCAUCUGCGCCCCUUCUGCAACAAAUAGAGAUGGACAAUGAGGAGCGGUUUUCGGCAGCACAGAUCGAGCGGUUCAAGAGUGACCCGGUGUUCUACGAGAAGUUUGCAAAGACACUCGAGACGGAUUCCAACAUCAAGUUUGCCGUUGCUUUGAUAGCAGGCAGCCCUCAGCAGAAGUGGGCUUUGGCCAAGACGCAAGAGUUUAUGACGGCGAUGCUCAAGGGGAACGAGAAGCUUUGCAAACAACUGAUACCAUACUUCGCUCUGGGUUGUAAGCGUCUGACUCCGGCACCUGGAUAUCUCGAGUCAUUCCACGACCCGCGCGUGUCUCUGCAUACGGACGGGGUCAAGCGAUUUGUGGCCAAGGGGAUCGAGAUGAACAACGGAGAAGUUCUCGAGGUCGACGCGAUCAUCUGCGCCACCGGCUUCGACUCUUCCUUCCGUCCCUCAUUCCCUCUUGUUGGUCGGCACGGCAACUUGCAGGACAUCUGGUCAGAGCAAACGCCCAAGGCGUACAUGUCCCUCGCUGUUGCCGGUCUGCCCAACUACUUUAAGUUCCUUGGCCCCAACGCCCCAAUCGCCCACGGGGAUGUUUUUACACUUAGCGAGCACAUCGCCACUUACAUCGCCAAAGCCAUCCACAAAUGCCAAACGGAGGGCAUUCGGUCGAUCACCCCGACGGAGGCGGCGGUGGAGGACUACUUCGAGCACACCUCGGCCUUCAUGCCGCGCACGGCGUUCACGGGCGGGUGCAGGUCAUGGUACAAGCAAGGCGAGGUCCACGCCCCGGUAACUGGCUUGCACCCAGGCAGCAGGAUGCACUUUAUUCGCAUGCUGGAGCACUUCAGGGGCGAAGAUUGGGCGUACACGUAUGAGAACGCGAGGCAGAACCGGUUCGCGUACCUCGGCAAUGGCUUCACGCUGCCUGAGAUGGAAAUGUUGAAAGCCGGAGUGCCUUCCUCGUAG